AUGAAGAGAUAUUUAAAGGCAAAAAUGGAGAAGGAAGAUGAAACCCUUUCAAUGGAAGAUUAUGACGUUCAGAAGAUGAUACAAUCUGACAUUGAUCUUGUUGACAACAUGAACGGAAAGGCCGCAGAAUGUCUUGAAAUGGGACGAGAGAGUUCUCUCAAGUUGCACCAACAAGGACAACAACUUGACAAAGCAAACAAGACGCUUUGUGAUGUUAGCAACCAGCAAGAGCAAGCCAAGAAAUCGUUGUUUAAGAUCAAAUGGUUUUUGCCUCACCUCUUUUCGCGAAACAGAUCAAAGACUGAAAUGAAAAAGGCGAAGAAGGCAGCGAAAAACUCGACCAAACAAAUUGAGAAAAAAGAGAAAAAGGAACAAAAGGCGUUUACUUCUGAACAAACGAAACACCAAAAAUCUGUUGACAAAAAGGAGAAACACAGAAGAAAAGUUCUUGGGAAGGAAGGCCGCGAGUUAGAAGACAAACAACAAGAGAAAUUGCAUGCUGACACCCAAGAUAGGUACUUUGACAACGCGAUGGAUGCGCUUGAGCAAAACGUAAAUAAUAUGGCAGGGAUGGCAGACCAACUCAAUGACCAAAUUAUCUCAGUUGGAGAGAAACUCGAAACCCACAAACAACUAGUCCAAGCAGACAACGACAAGAUUGAACACAACUUUUCUUUGGCGCAAAAGCUCUGUUUAUAA